CACCGGUUUGUUAUGUGCAGAUGCCGUCACACGACUAAGCGUAACGCGGCUCAUUUAUUGAGACCAAUGGCGAAAUAAAUCGUCAGAUCAUCGACACACACAGAGAGGCAUUAUCUCGCUACCGAAAAUAUCAGCAAAAAGCUUCAGAAUAUGGCGGAAGACGAGCAGGAGCUGGAUUCCUCAGAACUUGGAACGCAGGAUUACUGGGACAAGACUUAUUCCCUGGAAAUAAACAAUUUUAAGCACCACGGCGACGUUGGGGAAGUUUGGUUCGGAGAGGACAGUGCUCUGAGAAUAGUCAGGUGGCUAAGUACCAAGCCUGAGCUAGUCGCGAGCACAGACAGGAUAAUCGACCUCGGCUGCGGCAACGGGAUGAUGCUGGUCGAGCUGCACGACGAGGGGUUCACCAACUUGACGGGAGUCGAUUACUCGCAGAACGCAAUUGACCUGGCUUCCCAAGUCCUGAGGGAUAAAAGCCGUUCACACAUAACGCUGCAGACCUUUGACAUCCUGGAGAAUGACAUAGCGGAUCUUGGAUCGACCUUCAGAGUUGCUCACGAUAAGGGAACUUAUGACGCAGUUAGCUUGAAUCCCGAUAAUCCUAAGGAGAAGAGGGAGAAGUAUAUAAAGAAUGUCAAGGAAAUGCUCGAUCCUCAGGGUAUUUUAAUCAUCACUUCGUGCAACUGGACCGAAGAUGAGCUAAUUAACCAUUUCAAGAUCUAUUUCGAACUACUUCACAGCAUUCCUACACCAUCGUUCCGAUUUGCUGGACAAACCGGAAACUUGAUCAGUUCUUUAGUAUUUAGAAAAAGGUGACCGAAUUUAUUGUAGAGAAAAAUUGCUACGUUUUCAUAACUGUUAAUAAGGUCCUGGAAAUAGAAAAGUAUACAGUGAAAUAUUUACACCUAUAGAUUAUGUAAUUUAAGAAUUGUUCUUUUUCUAUCCAACGCAUGUUCUGAUCUGACUUAUCAACCACAAAUCUGUUUUGUAUAAACGAAUCUAUAAAGUUUUGUAUAAAGGAUCUAUUUCUCACAGUGUUCUUGACAAGAUUCUAUCAGCAAUUGAAAACCCAUUGAAAUUCUUAUUUAAGGUAUUAUUUUUAUUCAGCUUUUAAUUGUGCACAAAACAUGAAUCAAUCUUAAAACGAUAUGUAUAACAAAUUAAGAAAUCGUUAUAUAGUGCGUAUUUGUCGUGAUGCGUAGGAUGUACGUAUACAUACUCUGUACUAUAAUAUAAUUGUUACACAUACAAACUUUACAAAAUACGCUAUCAACUUAUGGGUAUCGUACAGUAAGUAUACAUGCAAUAUGCCGGUAUAAUGUAUUCAUGUAUAUUUUAGAUUAUAGGUAUAUUUUAGAAUAUUUGUAAAGUAUAAGUAGGUCUUUGUAUUAGACUAGUGCAGCCAAUUUUUUUCAUACAAUACUCAAUAUAUAAGGCAUUCUUGGCGUAUAUGCGGCAGAAUAGUCAGUUGCAAUUACAGUAUAAUUAUCUUGGUAAAUAUUCAUUGCUCGCAAUUAUAAUAUAAUCAAAGAUUAGGCUUUAAAACCGCGUGAUUAUUUAUACAUUAUAGGCACGCGUUUAAAUUUCACAUCAUUAAUGGAACGAUUUAAAUUUCAAACGGAAAGGCACGCUUGCAUUUUUUCUUUUUUCUUUUUUUUUUAUUAUUCUCUACAAUCACGUAUUAGUUUGUUCGUUUCUCUCUUCCUUACGUACAAUUAGUUAUUCUUUGAAGUAUACUUGUUUUUGUCACUCGCUUGUACAAUCUGCAUUUGCUUAGAAUCGUUAAUUAGAAUGGCUUGUCCGUCGAGGUAUACAACAUCGUCCAAGAUCAUUUUGAUUAGAAAAUAUAAUUAAGAAGCCGGGGUAAUUCACUGAAAUUUUUAAAGAAAAGUUUCAAAGCGUUCCUAUAAAUUGAGCAGAUUCAUUAUCGUAAUUUGUUGCUGCAUAAUUUGAUUGUAUACCGAAGAUUAACGCUAAUCAUACUCGCAGAAGUUUAGAUCGAACGUACAGAUAAAUAUACGUGUGUGAUAUUUAAUAUAGAAGCACAUUGUAUGUACGCAUGUCUGUAAAUCACAAAGGACAAAUGAUGAUUAAUCUUUCGAUACUUAUCUGUCGGACAUUUGGUAAAGACCGCGUAAGUGUUACAAUAACUCACCAAAUUACGACACGAGUCAUCAAUCUCCAUGCAUUGGCGUUCAUAGAUCAAUUUCAAGGUGUCUACGGAAUAGGCACUAUUACAUACAUGUAUAGGACAUAUUCGCGGAAUAUAUGCGAUGAAUAGAA